CCUUCUUUCUCUCUCUCUUUCCCUAUCUCUCCCCAUCUCGUAUCUUCCUCCGUCCAGCUCCUCUACUCUCCCGUACUCCUCCUCUCUUCUCCCUCCCUCCCGAUCUCUCCACCUCCUCUCUCUCCCUCCUCAGAGCACCGCGACCCGACUCCAAGGCGCCCCCGAUGGCGGCCACCGACUGCCACGGCGCCACCCCGCCUCCCCACGUCUCCACUAGGCUGCAUCCGGCACGCCGCCGUGGGAUUCGGCCGCCCUCUGGCCGGCGUCACCGGAUCCACCCGCCCUGGAUCCCCGGCGGGCGCCUCUCCCCUUCUCCGACCCCGACCGCCGCCAGGUACGCCAGAUCCGGCGACCUCGACCCUGGAUGCUGCCGGAUCUGGCGCCCCCGACCCCGCGCACCACCGAAUCCCCCUCUCCCUCUCACUGUGUAGGAGAGAUUGGAUCAUGGCGAGGUGUAGGUGUUCAGCACUACGAGGUGAAGUUUAUUUUUCAAGCCCAUCAAUUUUGUUACGUGGUAGGAUGAAAGCGUCAUACACCGUCUGACCACCCCAGACAAAUUGCCCGGGCAUGCACCCCGGUUGAUCUUACUUUAACUCAAACCGAGACGGUGCCUUCGAUGACAUUUGCAUCUACGAUGGUAGCCACGUAAAUCUCCACAUGGAUAUGGCCCCACUGCAUUAGAGAUACAUGGUUAACAUAAAGGUGUCAGUACACAUACCUUUUUGGAUGGGACCCCGACAAACUUUUCUUUUUUCCGUCCUUACUUUUUUGUUCUUUUUUACUUUAGUUCUCAGCCACACAGCAUGCAUAUAUGUAUUGUAACUUAUCAGUUUUUAAGUACACUAUGGUACAUGAGAGUACUUUGUCAGUUUUUAAGUACAUCGUGUACAUGAACUUGUGAGACAAGUACAUUACAUAAUCAUGAAAAAAAUCACAAUAUGUGCAUCAGUCAAAACUUGGUACCUCUUGUGAAACGAGUACAUCGUAUGGUACAUAUGGUACAUCACAUGUACUUUAACUUUUUUGAUGUACCUCGUCAUAUCGAGAUUGUGUACAUCAUGUACCAGGACAAAAUCACUAAGAAACAAAUGAUAGUACAUAGAUCAAAUAAAUUUUAGAAGGUUCCUAAAUCACCGAGGUACAAGAAAAGUUAAUACCUCAAAUGGUACAUGAUGGUACUAAAAAAUCAUAACACAAACAUUCAAAGAAAAACCACAAGAUUCAAAGAAGAAACCAUGAGAUCUCGCAAGGGCCGAGACCACGCAAAAGGGAUGGGGGCGGAGGCCGAAGGAAUCCCGGAGGGGCCGAGACCACAUGGCAGCGGCGACGUCGAGGGAGGCGAGCGGCGAGGUCGCCGGCGUCCACGUCCACGACCACAACGAGCCCUGCACGGCAAGGAGUCGCUAGGCCAAUCAAUAAUUACAGCCGGAGAUCCUGCGAAGGAUGAACAUGCGUGAGGGAGAGAGAAAAAAGAAUAGUGGAGAGAUGAGAGAGAUGGAGUGGGGAAACUAGGCAAAGUAGGGGGCAGCAUGAGGAAUCCGGUGGAGGUGCAGUACAUGGCAGAGGAUUAAGAAAAAGUGGGGACACGUGUGUGGCUAAAACAGUGGAUGUAGAUAGGAGUGGGUGUACCGAGAGAUUUGGCCUGGCUCUGCCAACCGGCUAGCUCCGCUGCUAGAAAUCCUCAUUCUUAUCCCAUGAUUUCGACACAUUAUGCUAGGAAGAACAAUCUGGGUCAACGCUAAUUUACAAAAGGUUGCGCUUUAGAUAGUUUUGAUAUUAAAAAUCUCCAAAAACCAUGACAAUAUGUUAUUUGCAAUUAAGAAUUUUAUGUAUUGUUUGAUGUUUUUCUCGAAUUUUAUGUUCGGUCGGUACCAACUUUGAGAUGACAUCCCUCAGAAGCCCACUGUACAUUAACACAAUGCCAUAGGUACUAAACCCAUUAAACACUAACAAAACUGGUAAAAAAACAUUAACACAGUAGUAGCGAGUUAAUUUUUCCGUUUCUAAAUAUUUAUCGUUGUUUUAGUACAAACUUGAACUAAAACAGCGAAAUAUUUAGGAACGGAGGAGUAUUUUUUUUCCGUUAAAAAGAGCAUGCUUUUUCGACCUGUCAAAAGGGCACGUCGAUGGAUUAUACAUUCAUAAUCAUAGAUCAGGAAAACCUCUCCGUCGUUCCGAUUUCCGAGCACGACUGCUCACUCGGCCCACGGUGCGCGCCGCCCGAUGCGGCCAACCUCCGAAUCCAGCCCUCCGUGCUUCGCGGCGCGCGGCCAAGUGUCUCCUCCUCGGCUCAGGGAAGUUCGCUGCCCUACAAGUACGGGAUGCCGUGGCCAGCUGACCGCUGCUGUCCCCUCUUCCCCACUCCCGCCUUCUUUCCUCCGGUCUCCCCCCUAUCUUCCGCAGUUGUUUGUACGCGACAUUUGCUUCUCGAAGGUAUGUUUUUCUUUUUCUUUUUUGGAAUUGUAUGUAUUAUCUUCUAUGGCGCGCACAAGAUUUGGGGGGCAGUGAUGCAUUUUUUGGUGGAGGUUUUUGUAUUGUAUAUCCGUAUCGUAGCUUAUUCCUGAAUGUUUGGAGUCCCGGAUGCAGCAAACAUGUUUCUAGGUACUGCAAAACAAUGUUGUGAAGUAGUGAACCACCGGAUAGGCAAGUAGUGAUAUCCAUUCCACUGGAUGCAAACUAUUACCUCGAACUCUCGAAGCAUUACUGGUAUGUCUUGGUAAGUUCCAUCGUCCAUGAACCAAAUAGUUUACCUAACUCAACGGGCAAUCCACUUACAUUUCAACACUUCCCAUAUGAUGCCCACUUAUACUUCAACUUUCUCCUCACAUCUUGAAAUAGUGUUAGGAUGUUGAGUUUCAUAUACUAAUCAGUUCACUUAAAACCGUAAGUACCUGACGAAAUGCAAUCAAAUUAAUGCUUGUUUUCUAAAACAAUGUUGCGCCAACCCAUUCCUUGUAGCAUCAAGGCAUUCCUCAUACCACAAUGCUGUAAGUGCAUCUUGUGUUGGUGUUUACAAGCAAUAUAAUAUUCAGGGCCAGAAGUGGUUAUGACCAAACUAUUUUCCAAUCUGCUGGUAUAAGAUAUGUUAAGAGAUGUUACGUGUACAUGCCCUAUCCGCUAUGAUUCUGACUCCGGUGUACUCCCUCCGUUUCGGUAUAGGGGCCGUUCUCCCGAUUCACCGUAACCAAGGAAUGCGAUCACAGGGGCGAGCGAAUCGAACUAGAAAAACAGUCGGCACCAGUGCAGCCUUGAUUAGCGCUAAUCGCGGCCUGGUUGGUCGAGCCCGUUUGUAUUAACCACGCAUGCGAACGUUUCGGCGGCAACUGGGCGAUGGCAGGAGGAGAGUGGCCGCUUAUUUAAUCAGGAAUUUAAUAUUUCCUCACCCCAUAUUAACUGCAAACUGCUUGGGCUUCGUACGUGGAACCAGCAAAACGGCCCGCUAUUCUGGAAAUGGGUAAAAUUAGAGAACAGCCCCCUAUACCGAAAUGGAGGGAGUAUGAGAUAUGGUAUUGCUAAUAUCUAGCAGAAUAAGAUUAUCCGAUUUUCCAGCCACAUUAAUCGGCCCUCCAAAAUAGGAUUGUCUGAUUUUUUUUAUAGGAUUUUAUUUAUGCACUUGUAAUUUGUGGAUGUUACCUUUGUUUAUGAGAUGGCCUUGAGAAUGUUUACAACCUUCCUAUCUUUAAUGUUUAUUACUUGCUGAUUUUUUUGGGGUACAUUUUAGUCUCAUAACAUGUUAAUUGUUAUAUGGCACUUCGUAGUUUUAUCCUUAGCUCUUUUGUCUGUUCUUGAUCCGAAUUACCAUACCAUGCUUGAUAGUUGAUACCGACAUACUGUGUACCCAAAAAAGGAACCCCCCCCCAACUGCCUGCCCUAGGUACGGCACUGCUGUGUAUGAUAAGGUUUGAACAAUAUCCAACUUAACCGCCUUAACCGCUCUGCUUUCAGGUCUAGUAAUAUUAACCGACUGGUUGUUUUGAUCAAGUGGGUUUCUAACUUCCACCAGUUUCUGUUACACAGUUGAAAAAACUAGAAGUGCUUGCUUACAAUAAAUUUAAAAAAAAUCUGAAUAUGAGUAGUCGGUAAUUGUUAAAUCUUUUAGAAAGUGAAGGACACUGGAAUUGUUCAAAAGUUAUUGUUUGACUACUUCAGAGAAUAAGUUAAAUUUUAUUAAUAUUUAUAGAUUCCUUACAUCUGUUCUUUUGCUUAUAACCCAACAAUGGUAACUUUCCAUAUAAUUUUAAAUCCCUUUGUGUUCAUAUCUGAUUGUCAACAAUGGUGUUUCACUUCACUGGAGCUAGGGACCUACGCACCCUGUGCCCUAGCUCAUGUAUGUGUGUGUUGUGUCUGGUCGUCUCCUGAGUUUGUUGUACUGUCGUUCUGUAAAUUACCUUCCAUGCUGUACUGCAGUUCUCCUGCAUGGUUCGGGGAAAAAAAUCGUGUUCUGAAAUUUCUCCUCUAUUAUAGUCAACUCUUAUGUUUUAAAAACUUCAGGUUUUCAAAAAUAUCGGAGUUGACAUAUUAUGAGACAAUGGAUUUGUUUCACAUCGAGGCAAGAAUAUCUUACAUAUGGUCAUGUAUGAAAGCUGGUAGGCUCUUGUGGAUUUUUCUUUUUCUUUCGGGAUUCAGCUCUGAUGACUGGAGAAACAAGUGACCUAUAUGGGACUAAUUACUACAGUGAACUAAGUAAAAGUUUGAAUAGACAACUGCUCUGGUACCAAAAUGUUAUGGGUUUCCUGGUUUGUGGGAAGAAGGUGGAGAUAGUUGUUAGAACUAGGGUUAGAGCAUAGGGGAUAGCAGACCACGUCCCUGCACAUGAUACUUGAGGCUCUGAACUUUCAAGUUUGGGGAAUUUUCUGUAUCCUUCUUGAUUGACUUUCCUACCACAAUUUUUAUAUAGUAGAAAUGGUACGCAGACUGGAACUGGAAAAGAAUGUAGGAUCCUAAUAAUAUUUUUAUAUACUCCCUCCAGUUCAUAAUAAGUGUCUUAGACUUGGUACAACUUUGUACUAAGUUAGUACAAAAUCUGAGACACUUAUUAUGGAUCGGAGGGAAUAGAAAAUUACGUCCAAAGAUAGGCUUGGACUUUCUUGGCCGCCAAUAUUUAGCUGCGAGCCACUUUGAAAUAGUGUCAGGGGGGUAUUAUGUCCGAUUUUGUUAGUUAGGGGUGUGAAUUUUUAGAAUUGUGGAGUGAAAUCUGUACUAUGUCAGGAGUUGAUGGGUGAAAUGGGCUUUUUCCUAAUAUUAAGUUCAGUCUGAAGGUUUCUAUUCAAACUUAGCGUGGACACCUGUAUUAUUAGGAGUUAAAAUUAAGGACAGUUCAUAAAAAUUUUACACAAAAAUUUACAGUCAGGUGCUGCUUUUUAAUUGAGUACCCUUUGUCUCUUUGCAUCCCUUUCCAAAGCCAUGGAACUUUCAUGUCACAGAUUGUUCCCUUGCAGUCUCACACUAGUAUUAAAACCUUCCUUUAUCUAAAUUACUUUUAUGGACCCUCUACAGCUUGGAUGAAACAAGCCAAGGGUGGAUGAUACCUAUCGUCUAUCAAACAUCAUCUCAUCGUCCUCACCACACUGCAUCUUCUUUUAGCUCCAUCUUGUUUGGUCUUGAUUUGCUGGUAUACAUAAAAAAUGAUCUCAGGCUUGGUUGGUCGCACAAUCUGAUCACUGGAGUUUGAAACCAUUGGUGCAUGUACUUAAGGGUCAAAGCCUAGAGUUUGACAAUUCCAAGAAGUCCCUCCAAAAUAUUAGGAGGUGCUCAUAAAUAGAAAGAAAGCACAAAUGUCACUAGAAGUUGAGAACCCAUCGAGCAUCGAGACGACCAAACGGCUUGAGCGCCAAGACUCGCUUUUUGGCGACGCGGAGAAGGUCUCCACUAUCACGCACCAUGGCUCCGAGGGAAAUUGGGCCCAAGUAUUAAAUCUUGCAUUCCAGAGUGUCGGCAUCAUUUAUGGCGAUGUUGGGACAUCGCCGCUCUAUGUGUACUCGAGCACCUUCCCCAAUGGCAUCAAGGACAAGGAUGAUCUCUUGGGUGUCCUGUCGCUCAUCCUAUACACCCUCAUCCUUAUACCGAUGAUCAAGUAUGUCUUCAUCGUGCUCUAUGCAGAUGAUAAUGGAGAUGGUGGCACAUUUGCGCUCUACUCACUUAUAUCACGGUAUUCAAAGAUAAGGCUGAUCCCAAACCAGCAGGUAGAAGAUUCGAUGGUGUCGAAUUACAACAUAGAAUCACCGAGCUCAUCACUGAGGAGAGCACAAUGGUUGAAGGAGAAGCUUGAAUCCAGCAAGGCAGCCAAGAUUGGCCUCUUCACCAUCACAAUCCUUGGCACAUCCAUGGUGAUGGGUGAUGGAACUCUGACACCAGCAAUUUCUGUGCUCUCUGCAGUAACUGGGAUCAGACAGAAAGUACCAAGUUUAACUGAAACACAGAUAGUAUGGAUUUCGGUGCCUAUUCUGUUCAUACUAUUUUCUGUCCAGCGGUUUGGGACCGAUAAAGUCGGGUACUCUUUUGCUCCAAUCAUCUCGGUGUGGUUUGUUCUUAUUGCUGGUAUUGGCAUGUACAACAUCGCGGCGUAUGAGAUCGGUAUUCUCCGAGCCUUCAAUCCAUUGCACAUAGUAGCUUACUUCAGAAGGAACGGAAAGGAAGCAUGGGUUUCACUGGGGGGUGCUAUCUUGUGUGUUACAGGCACAGAGGGUAUGUAUGCUGACCUAGGACAUUUCAAUAUCAGGGCAAUUCAGAUAAGCUUCAACGCUGUCUUGUUCCCCUCGGUGGCACUAUGUUACAUUGGGCAAGCAGCAUAUCUGAGGAAAUUCCCUGAGAAUGUUGCAGACACCUUCUUCAGAUCUGUCCCAGCGCCAUUGUUCUGGCCAACCUUCACUGUUGCCAUUUUUUCGGCUAUCAUUGCAAGCCAGGCUAUGCUCUCUGGCGCAUUCGCUAUCCUGUCCAAGGCCCUAUCACUUGGCUGCUUCCCGAGGGUUCGUGUGGUCCAUACCUCAAAGCAUCAUGAGGGACAGGUGUACAUUCCUGAAGUGAAUUUUCUGAUGGGGCUGGCUAGUAUUAUAAUAACGAUCACCUUCAGAACAACAACUGAAAUCGGGAACGCCUAUGGGAUUUGUGUUGUAACUGUCUUCUCGAUCACCACCCAUUUGAUGACCAUCGUUAUGUUGCUCGUGUGGAGGAAGAACAUCAUCUAUGUCUUGUCAUUUUACGUCAUAUUUAGUUCCAUAGAGUGGCUCUACCUGUCUUCGAUAUUGUCAAAGUUCAUACAGGGUGGGUACCUGCCAUUCUGCUUCGUGCUCAUCCUGAUGGCCCUAAUGGUAACAUGGCACUAUGUGCAUGUCAUGAAGUACUGGUAUGAGUUUGACCACAUCGUUACCACCGACGAAGUUACGACACUUCUUGAGAAGCAUAAUGUGCGGCGUAUCCCUGGGGUGGGCCUCCUGUACUCGGAGCUGGUGCAAGGUAUUCCCCCGAUGUUUCUGCGGUUGGUGCAAAAGAUACCAUCUGUGCACUCUGUCUUUUUGUUCAUGUCGAUCAAGCACCUACCUAUCCCUCAUGUGGCACCCGUGGAGAGGUUCCUCUUUCGGCAGGUCGGCCCCAGGGAGAACCGGAUGUUCCGGUGUGUGGCCCGGUAUGGGUACAGUGAUGUGGCAGAGGAGUCAGGGGACUUCACAAGGUUCCUAGCUGAGAAGUUGAAGAUGUUCAUUGAAAAUGAGAGUGCAUUUGCAGCGAAGAAACCAGAGGAGGAGAACUCUGCAACUGCAGUCUUGGAAGGCCAGACGAGGCCCAGGCAAUCUGCCCGCUCUGUGGUACACAGUGAGGAGGUGAUAGAGCCAAAGAUGAGCAGCCAUGCAAGGAACACCAGUUCAUAUUCGCUUCAAACGGUUGAGGAGGAGAAGCAAUUGAUUGACGCGCAGAUGGAGCAAGGCGUGGUUUAUCUGAUGGGGUCAGCCAAUGUGAUAUCUGGACCCAAAUCGUCUGUCUUACAGAAGGUAGUGGUAGACUAUGUGUAUGCAUUCUUGAGGAGGAACUUGACAGAGGGUCACAAGGUGUUGUCCAUUCCGAGAGACCAACUGCUGAAGGUUGGGAUCACAUAUGAGAUAUAGAGAUGGUAACCCAAAUUAAGAGUCUGCGAGGUGAGACUAACCUAGCCUUUUUUUGUUGCAUUAUAUUGAUCUUAAAGGGUACAGUCUAUCGUCGAUCUGACAAAAGGGCGUCUAGGCUUAUAGUUUUGGCAAGAAGUUUUUUUUGUACUUUGUACAGAAAGAGGUGUUGUCACAACGUGGCAUACAUUAACUAAAAUGGAAAUAGGAAUUGGACUAGUGCAUUUCUUCAUUUUCUUGAAGUUGUUCUAGGAGCAUAGAAAGUCCAUUAAUUAUGGCAUGUUGUCAGGGAGCAUUGUCCUACUGUAUGGAUGUUAGUGAUGCAGUGAUGCUCGUUUUGACAGCAUAUAUGUACUCAAAACUAAACCCUGGUGCAAUCGUGUGUGCAGUAAAGCAAUUUCUUUUGAGCAUCA